UGUACAUUACAAAUGACCCCCAAAACUACCACCACCCCUUCAUUUUCACAGCAAAAGCCCUAGCAUCUGCUCUAGUUUUUUCAACUAGUAUCAAAUGGCAGGAGAGUAUUCAGAUUAUGAUGAUGAUUAUUCAGGUGAACAACACUAUGCUCUUGUUGACUAUGGUACCACUGACCCAGAGACCAACUCGAAAAGUGAAGGAUAUUCAGGUGAACAGCACCAUGCUCUUGGUAACUAUGGUACCAGUUACUCAAAGUCCUUGACUCAAAGUGGUGGAAAGGGGGUGAAUGUGUAUCAACAGACAUACCGUGCUAAGAAUGAGGACAAACAGACUGGGAGCUAUAAACGCUUCACUGCUAAGGACAAGGCGGUGGCAGGUGAACCCUUUGUGGAUAGGUGUGGGAAUCGUGGUCACAAGGAUGAGCACACCACAUCUGCUACUUACAAAGUUGGUGACAAAAGAGGGUAUACUGAGUACUACCGCGAGGAGAGGGUUAAGCAUGUCGACUUUGACAAAAGAAGCAGGAGCAACAACAAAGCUGUUGGGUCCUACCGAAAAUACCAAAAGUAUUAGGUUUUACGAAUCACCCUCCAUUGGCAUGCAGCCUGGGGGCUAUCUAUGUUUCCAUCUUGACUUUUAGCUUCAGUCCACUACUGGGAACUACUUAAUUAGCUUCUUAGUAUCUGUGCUUUCGUUGGUUAACUUGUGUGAUGCAGAUUUAGUUUGGGAUAUUACUAAGGAUUUGGUUUCAGAACUGGCUUUGAAAUCAUUUUCUAUCUGUUCUUAAACUGCUUUUGCUCUUGAUUAAUUAUCCUUGGUUGUAAUUAGUUCGGGAUCUUACAUUAAUCA